AUGACGUAUCAUAGAAAACCAUCCUUCCAUUUAGAGAAUGGUAGGCAAUACACGCGAUCGCCUUCCGUUGACUCCUCUUCGCCGUACAGCCGUACGCCGUUGGGGCGGGAAUGGCCACGGGGCUCCCCUACUGUCCAGCAGUACAUGCCGCCGCCCCCCAUCGCCGGCCCUACAACAAGUACUGCAGCAGCAAUCACUACCACUACAACCACUACUACCACUACCACUAGUCCUCGACCUUAUCCUCACCCGCAUGCUCAUCCCCGUCCGUAUUCCAAUGGUGUGGGCGUGGGGGUUGGCGUCGCAGCGGUGGCGAAUUUGAACUGCGCCAUCCCGUCGUCGCCGUCGCCGCUGGCGGAGGCCCGUUACCCCGCGGGGGUCAUUGGCCGUCCGGCCUCCGCCAGCGGCGGCAUCCCGCGCCCCCGCCCAGAGUUCGCCCCGUCCACCGCCGCCGGGUCCAGACAGCAGCGCGCGGCUUCAACGGUAAUGGCCCCACCACGGCAAAGGGCAACGUAUUAUGACGGUUGCGGUAUCAUUGUAGAGGAAAGAGAUCCGGUCACACGAGAUGUGGUCUCUAGAUAUCGGUGUGGGUCACUUCUUGGCACAGGUGGAUUUGCCCAAGUUUUUGAUUUUAAAGACCUUUCUACCGGUGUGUAUUAUGCAGGUAAAGUAAUAGAUAAGAGAACCCUGACACGUAGAGGGUCAGAGGCAAAGUUUCGUAUGGAAGUUGAUAUCCAUAGUCGUGUAAGACAUCCUAACAUUAUUCAGUUUGUUAAAUCAUUUCAGGACGAAUAUUACCACUAUAUUAUUCUUGAACAAUGUUCUAAAAAAAGUAUGAUGGACUUGUCAAAAGAACGGGGAACGUUUACUACUGAAGAGAUGCAGUACAUCAUGUUUCAGAUUGUGUCUGCCGUAGAAUACAUGCAUAACAAAUUAAUUAUACACAGGGAUUUAAAACUUGGAAAUGUUAUGAUUGAUUUUUCUGGCAAUAUGAAAAUUGGUGAUUUUGGAUUUGCCAGUGAGCUUACUUCCUUAUCUGACAAAAAAACAACUACUUGUGGUACUCCAAAUUAUAUAGCCCCUGAAGUUCUUGCUACUGAAAAAACUGGUAUGGGUUAUGGACUUGAAGCAGAUAUUUGGAGUUUAGGGGUUAUUUUGUAUGCCUUGGCAUUUGGUACUCCACCAUUUGAAACCAAAGAUAUUAACACCACCUACAACAAAAUUCGUCGAGCAGAUUAUUCUUUUCCACCAGGUACAACAGUUUCAGAGUCUUGUAAAGAAUUAAUUCAAUGGAUGCUCCAGAGGGAACCACAACAACGACCUACACCCAAUCAAGUAUUACGUCACAGCUUUUUUCACUCUCAACAACCCCUUCAUAUUGUUCCAAAAACCCUUGUUCCGCUGGAUGCACCUAGGGUAACAUCGCCAAAUGAACGUCGAAGUCCAUUAUGGGCUCCACCCAUCGCUGCACAAUCUCCCUUUUCCCAUAAUGAAAGAAAUUCCAAUGAUUACCGAAGAAGUACAUCAUUAAAGCGAUAUUCUAGAAAAGGAUCUGAACAUGAAUUACCAAGGACACUUCAUGAAUUCCUUAAAGAAAAUGAUUGUAUUAGUGAAACUGUCUCUGGUACACUUUAUUCACCUUCAGAAGAUAAGGUUCCUCAAUUAAGACCCCCUGCACCAUCUGUUAUGCUUCAAAGUAGUAUAUAUUGCAAUAAAUAUGGGUAUGGAUUCCUUUCACUUCAAGGAGGGAAAUGGUUUCCAACUGUUUUUCUUAAUGAUAAAACGAAACUGGUGUUUGAUGUUGAUUUGGAUAUUGUCUUUUAUUAUGGACGUUCUCGUAUACAAGCUUUGUCUCCUGAAUCUGGAAAUCGAAGUCCACUUCUUAGUGAAGAGCUUGCUAAUAAAGGUUUUCGUGAUGAAUUAAUUAUUUUUCGCAAUGCCUCAAUUAGUUUGACUCAUCGAACUGAAGGGGAUGAAGCGACUAGUCGAUCACAAGCUGCAGCGGCGAAGAAGUUAGCCAUAACAAAAUUUUUUCUUCCUUUUUUGGAGAAGGGAACAAAAGAUAAACGAAUGGUAGCUUUGACUUGUACGUUUAAACAAUGGCAUUCUGAGUGGGAAAAGGAUUUAUUUGCACCUUCUCAUCUUGGUGAUAGCAAAGCGGAUCUUGUCUAUGUUAAGGAUGCCGUUAUGGAAACUUUACAUGGUUUAACAGGUGAACACCAGGGUGCGGAUAUGCAACUUUUGGUUGCGCGUAUGUCUGACUACUCUUUUCAAGUCUCUGUGCGUUGCCAAGAAGUUCCUCAGCCACUGUUUUGUCCAAGAUAUAGCGGUCUUUCAGAGUCUGCAGUUAAUCGGCCGUGGAGUCUUGAUAUUCUCGUUUAUGCUGGGUUUCGUGCUGUUAUAGCGUUUGAAACGAAUCAAACAUGUCUUGUUUUUUCUUUCUUAGAUAUUAGGCGAGAUGCCAAAACGAAUAAAGAAGGAAGGGUAUACUUUGCUUCAGGGUCUACAUCAAAGAUCAAAUCAAUCAUGAUACCAUCGGCAAUGUUGCGUGUUGUGACCACACUACUUCGAAGAGUACGUUGCUGUACAGAUAUUGUAGAUUGCUUCUGUUGA